AUGACAAAUAUAUCUUACACAGGUAUGGCAAUAUCUUCAGUCAGACUUUUGUGACUUUCUUGAAAAAGUUCUGGAAGCCUGGGAUUGACUCUGUUAUUACCGUUAACCACGGAUAUACGUAUCAUAGGAUAACAGCUGUUACCUAUCAGAACAUUGAAGUCUGGCAGAAUUUAAACGUCAAGACUGCACGACGAUAUUUUUCCAAGUAACUAUACGUCCUCUGCAGCUUGUCAAUGGUUUACGAUAGGGAAAUAUAAGUGGAAGCGAUCGAUUCAUUGUAGUGAAAUCUUCUAUAUUCGUGUAUUCGAAGAUUUCUUAGGGUUCCAAUGAAACGGAAUUAAGGCGGGACCUGGCCUCGAAAGCAAAGCGCACCUCAGAAGACUUUCCUUGACAACUCUUUCUUAGGGUAUAUUAGCCUUCAGUAACUGACUUUGAGUCAACUUCAUCUGCAUUUACAUGGAUUACCGUGAUGACUUUGUAGCAAAUAAACUGUAUGUGGGCGAACUCGGGAGUUUAUGGUAUACUGAACGCGAAAUUGCUCUCUUAGACAGCAGUGGCCGCUGGUGAAGCCAGGGCUGAUGUUGGCUGCGUCCAGUCAGACCUGAGAGCCCCUAAGACGGCGGUAGGGGCCGCUUUUGUAGGCUCGUGGGCCAAGCUCAGAUGGUGUCCAGACAGUGUGUGUUGCAUUUGCCGAGGGGUGUUGUCCGAGUUGCCCAGGUUUUGAUUGCAGGGGGAGGUGCGUCUAAAUGGUCUCAUGGACGUUGCUGCUAUGCGGACGCUUUCGGUCGUGUGACUUCAGGUUAGCGAGUCUGGAACGGAUCACUGCAAAAAGGUGAAUGACUUUGGGGCAGCAUGGUCUUGAACAACGACGUCAGACCGGUCAUGAUGGUUGCCCGCUGCAACUCUACUAUUGGCUUGAGAAGCCACACACCAGACGUUGUCCGAACAUAGCAAACAUUCUUCUAUGGCUACGAACAUUCUUGAGCCGUCACGUAAGCUAGACAUAUCAUCUAGUAAGUAGUUUGUGGCUGACUAGCACCGAGUAACAAACUUAGUCCCUGGAAGUCCGUCGCGGCCUUUUUAAGAUUACCGUUGCGGUGGCCAGCUUUAUGAACUCUUCGUCUUACAAGCAACUUCAGAUCUUAUUUGCAGCGACUUUGUCCGCCCUAUUUUGCUUGACGGCCUCAUUUACAUUUGGUUUUGUUUUAAAAUUUCAUAGGCUUAACCGAUUACUGAUGCUUUAGUGCGGGAUUUUUUCUUAAUAGUCUCAAAAAGCCCAAUAAUCAGAUCCUUGUGCUUGUUUAAUUCCUUAGUUAAGCACAAGGUUGAAGUUCCUUAAACUUCCUCUACCUCACGCGGUCCUUCUGACUGCGGAAUCUCUUACAAAAUUUAAGAAUCGCUUGGUUACUUAUUGUAAAUUGUUUUCCAUCUUAGGCAAUUGUAAUUCAAUCCGUCCAUUUCUUGACGCAGUGUUUUAAUAGCUCGACUUAUUUUACUUUAACCUUUUAGCUCAUCAAAUGCGCCUUCUACGUGCAUCUUACACAAUAGUUGGAUUUUUAAAUUUCAUGAGCUUGCAAACAAAUUAUACUUGUUAAGUCGGACCUUGACUUGACCGCCACCUGACAUCACAGCACGUAUCGUCUACACUGGAUAGGCAUAAGUGAGCUCACGGCAUAAACGGCAAUUCGAUUUCUACUCGAGAGAAAAAACAAUCUAUUAAAGAAAGUAACGAAAGGUGACGUAAGGAUAAGAAAACUUUUCAUGAAAUGGAAAGUGAGGCGAAAAGGUGAGAAGAUUCGAGAGUUUGAACUCUUUGCCACAAUUUUUUAAGGUUAGGAUACAUUGGACUUCCAUUUUAACUGCCCCCAGAAAGGCUACGCGAUGUGGCCCGAUGAUAUGUCAGCACUAAGAUUGAAAGUAUAUUAUUUUGCAACAUAAAAUAUCAAAAGGUUUUGAAUCUGGGGAAGGAAUACUGUGACCAUACGAAAAUAUGGACAGCGAACGACUGCGACCAUCUGAAAUAAGACAGAAACUUCAUAAAACCCUUCCAAAAUGUUUGGUUAAGAGCUAUUUAAGAAAAGUCUGACAAUAAAUGGGCAAGAAUGAAAUGAUUUCGACCUGGAAAUAAAUGACGGUUUACUUUUUUGAUCACUAGAGCUUUAAAACAGCACUGUUCACGUGUGCACAAGUGCACGAUUUACACGUGCAUAAGCAUCGCUUAGCAGUAAAGAAACGUGGCCGUGCAUUGUAGACGGCUGUCCAUCCACGAGACGCACGCAUCAAUCGGCAUAUUGAGGUAGCCAGCGCGUUCAAAAUCCUCUCAGAUGACCGAAAACAGUGGUCAGGUUUUAGAGGCGGGAAAUUGUUUUUACAGGUUCAUAGUACACGUUUUCACACUUUGAAUUGAUAACGGACGUUAAUUUUAAGGUCUUGCGAGUGAUCUUUGGGGUUUUAUAAUGCACGACCGUAGCUUCAUAGCGUUAGCACGCACAAACAAACAACAUACCUUUUCUUCUUUUACUGACCUCCCUUAUUAACCACUCGUUAAACGGAUAUGUGGCCCAAUGAUUAUUAUGUUAACUUUAGUUUCUUUUAAACGUCUGCGUUCAAAAGGUCAUUCGAGUUAUUCCCCACAUGCCCUUCUUUAUAGUUAAGCAUAAGUUUUGCAGAUGAGAGGAAACGUUUUGUAUCAUCAUAUUGUUUCAUAUCUGACACUUUUUUGCCCAAGAUUGAGAAGGCUGGCACCAUCAAAGUUAUUAUUUUGCCAUUCUAAGGCGGCGUUGACUCAGAGAGCGUUUGAUUAGGAAAGAAACUAGGUCGGGUCGAUUCUGAUGCCUGGGUUGGAACAAAACCGAGUUGUAGUCGGAUUUCCGAUUACAGUGUAACAGACAAUGGGACUACGCUAUCUUAGAUUUCUUGUGACCCGAAUUAAACCUCUUCAACUACUUGCUUAGAAUGACAGUUCGACUGUCGUCUCCGACGAUGUCCACCAUGUGUAAACGAGUUGGUUUUAUAGUUAUAGUAAACUCCCAAAGCACCUACCGCACUCUCUCCUCCCCACCUAGGUCGGGAAUUAAGAAGAUCGGAGACAGGGGCAAGGACUCAGGUGGUUGGCGCGGCGGAAACCCGCGCCUAAGCGCGCUCCACCACAUUCCUUGGUCUGCAGCGUACACUGACCAGAAUUCUGCACAACAGGAAGAAUAGGGUGGCAACACGGAUCCUACUGGGCGCGAUGUGGGGUUUAACCAGGGCGUACUGUGACAUCCCCAAUUUUGGCAUUUGUUAUGGGUGUUCAUCCAUAAAAACGCCUGUCGGACUCCUGUCUAGCCACGAUGGAUCUUAUGUAGAACUUAUUCUAGGGGCCACAGAAGGUCGAGUAUUAUCUCGCACACUGGCAGACCACCGGCCUACUUAUAUAAGUGGCAUAAACGAUGACCAACUAUGAAUUUCGAUUUUGCAUCAUAUGCAAUUUCUGUCUGAUAGAAUUCUGAUUUGUUUGUUUCGUUUAUAUCUUGUGUGUCUACAUGGGAUGGCAGCGUAAAUGUGAUGUGUUCCCUGGAAAUUGGACAGACAUUUUUUUCCACAGGAACCAAUGCGGUGCCGCAGUGUUGAGAGUUCCUAUCAUUUAUUGCUCGUCGUUUAUCUUAGAUUUGUAAAUAAACAAGUAAGUCAUCAUCCUCUUAGUUUGUUUUUUGCCUUACCGUAAACGUGGCCCAUUACUCUUGUCUUUUCGGCAGUGCCCCCGUAUUGGACUCCGCACGGGGAUAGAGCGCAUUUUCUGUGGAAGUCAUGUACAACGGCUGCCAUCUGCCAACAGGCGAAGGAAAUAGCCGCCAAGGACUGCAUGCGUGAAUGGUAUAUGGAUUGGCGCUGCGUCGAAUGCUGCCAAGGCGAACUGUGCAAUUACUAUGUAACGGUAAGACAUUUGUUCACAUUGCAUGUCUACUUUCAAUUUGUAAGUAGGAUUGGUAUAAAUCGUGCAUGGCAAAUGCUUCCGUUGGGGUGCGGAUGGUACUGAGCUUCCGAUUUUUCAUCUUUCAGCUGGAUGGAGCUCGGUUAGACGUCUUCUUUGGAUUACUCCUCUCUUGUCUCAUAGUUAACCUGUUGAACCAUCUUUUUGUAUGA